AUCAAGGCUAUAGUUGAGAAUGAGCAUUCCAACAGUGCUAGUUCUGCCAUUCCCUGCACAAGGGCAUGUGAAUCCGAUGAUGAUCCUGUCAGAAAAGCUGGUGGAGAAUGGAUGUAAAGUGGUUUUCGUGAACACAGAGUUCAACCACAGGAUAAUGGUGAGUUGCAUGGUGGAGCAACGAGAUCAAAAUCCACUGAUAAAGUUGGUGUCAAUCCCAGAUGGCUUGGAAGCUGAUCAUGACAGAAAGGAUUUGUCAAAGCUGUUUGAUGUUAGUCUAAGCAGCAUGCCUCAUGCACUUGAGAACCUCAUCACAGAACAAAAUAUGAUUUCCAAAUCUGAGAACAGAAUCAGAUUCAUUGUUGCAGAUGUAAACAUGGCAUGGUCAUUGAACGUUGCCUGCAAACUGGGAAUCAAAGGAGCUCUAUUCUGCCCUGCAUCAGCAGCCAUUUUUGCCUUAAUUUACAACAUACCCAAACUUAUUCAUGAUGGCAUCAUAAAUUCUGAUGGGUCAUUGUUGACCACUAAAGAGACAAUUCAACUAUCACCAGGCAGGUUAGAGAUGGACACAAAAAGUAUUUUCUGGUUGAAUUUGAGUGACACAAUGAAUACUAAACAAAUGUUGAAUUACUUAGAUACUUGUGCAAAAUGUUCAAAUUUGACAGAACUAUGGUUUUGUGACACGACAUAUGAACUUGAACCUAGGGUUUUAAGCUUCUUUCCCAAGAUCCUCCCAAUUGGCCCAUUGUUGAGAAAUUAUAGCAACAUGAAUGCAUCAUCGACAAGAUCAAUGGGACAACUUUGGGAAGAAGAUCUCUCUUGCACGAGUUGGCUCGAUCAACAACCUCAGUGUUCUGUUAUAUAUGUUGCAUUUGGUAGUAUCACAUGUUUUGACCAAAACCAAUUCAAUGAACUUGCACUAGGACUAGACCUCACCAAUAGACCUUUUCUUUGGGUUGUGAGAGAAGACAACAAGAUGACAUACCCUAAUGAAUUCCAAGGGAAUAAAGGUAAGAUAGUUCAAUGGGCUCCUCAACAAAAGGUGCUAAACCACUCUGCCAUUGCUUCCUUUGUUAGCCAUUGUGGUUGGAACUCAACCAUGGAAGGUUUGUGUAAUGGGGUGCCCUUCUUGUGUUGGCCAUAUUUUGCUGACCAAAUCUAUAACAAAGCAUAUAUUUGUGAUGAAUUGAAGGUUGGGAUGGGAUUGGAGUUGGAUGAAAAUGGAGUUGUGUCAAGGUGGGAGAUAAAGAAGAAAUUGGAGCAAAUACUAAGUGAUGUGAACAUGAGAACAAGGUCUAUGAAGUUAAAGGAAAAGGUUUUAGACAAAGGUCGAUCUUCAGAGAACCUUAAAAAAUUGGUCAAGUGGAUCAAAGAGUAGGAUUUUUCCUUUUAUGUGUGUGUUUUGGAUCAUUAGAUCAACUUUUUGAGUGAUGAACAUGGAUGCAAUUUGGAAGUAAUAUGUCAAAUAGAAGUGAAGUGUAACUUGUUAGAGUUCAUUGAUAUGGGU